AUGGCUCCACGUCGAUCUACGGCAAGAGGCUCAAGUGCAACGCCGGUACGGGCAGUAUCACCGGCGAAACGGUCGAAUCGUGCAGGCAGCGCCGCAUCACCAGACAAUGCUAUCCCACGUCGAGUCACUCGUGGUACCUCUCAACAACCGAGUCUUGCGGCAGAUGGUAUUGUGAACAACCCGAGGCUGCCUGAGGUGCAACUCCAGCAAUCUUAUGCUUAUGGAUCAAGCAAGACUCCCGUCCUACCUACCCAGUUGCUCGCGCGAAGUAGGAUGAAUUUGACAGAGAUGGCCGAAACAAUCGAUGUUGGAGUCGAACAAGCGCAGCAACAUCUCCAGAAUCAUAUCGAGGAAACUCAAGCAAAUCUACAAAAGGACCCUCGGGCUGAAAGGGCUCGACGAAGAGCUUCUCGCGAGAACUCACGGGAAGCCUCCGUGGCGAGUGAUGAUGCCGAGAAACACCGCACUCAGCGAGUAGCAGCGUGGGCAAGUUCUCUAGAUGACAACCGACUAAACGGUAUACCAGAAGAAAGUCAAGAAUCAGUGAGGCUUGAAGCUGACAACGAUGACGGAAGCUAUGAGAGCGCGGCCCGAAGUAUCCCUGAUGAUGAUUCCAACAAGGGAACAGAUCCCUCGAGCUUUCCCAGCGGGAUAUUUGAUCAUAGCUACAACUAUGAAAGAGGUCUCCGGAAGCCUCAGAUCACGAUACGAGAACGAAAAGACCCAUGGUUUCGAAAGGCCUGGAAUGGCAGCAAACAUUCCGCCCAACAACUUCGGCAGACAUCCUCAGACUGCUUUAGUUCGAUAUUGGACUGGUGGAUACGGUUAUUGCGGGCCAGCGGCAGGGCGAUCAGGAGCAUCCCAAACUCGCCACUUGUGGCCAUCACGAUGAGCAUUAUUUUCGCAUUGGUACUUGUCGGAGGAGCGAGCUUUCUAUUAUGUCACGCCUACACUAAUUUUGUUUGCGAUCCUUUAUCGACUUCCACAGCCGGAUUAACCCUUCAAAAGUUCUGCGGAAGGUGUACGCGGAGCUCCAGUAUCGAAUCUCUGAAUCUUACCGCUGGCAACAGAAACGAUCUGUCAAAGCUCACGGCAGCUAUACACAACAUCAACCAACAACUCGGGAUUCUUGAAACACGAUUGACCGACAAACUCGACUCACAGUACGCGACAGUCGGUAAAGAUAUUGAGAGCCUUAAGAGGCACUAUUCAGAGCUGUCAACCCAGAUGGGCGGCUUGAGACCGGGAGACGAAUUGGGUACCUUGCCUGGCAAUGCCCCGUCCCCGAUCAUUCGAAAAGUCAACUACUUCGCACCAAGCAACGGAGCCAUGAUCGACCUAAAAUUAACCUCACCGACAAUGCAGAAGCCCCGGCCAUUCUUGCACCGACUGCUCUUACGGAUUCUGCUCUCGGCGCAUUACGUGACCAAGCCACCGCUUGAAGCUCUAACUCCAUGGCACGAUGUGGGAGACUGUUGGUGCGCUGCGGCCGUUAAGGGCAGCGACCCUGGACCCGAGGAUGACUUGAUGAGACUCGGCGUGACAGUGACGGAGAUGAUAUAUCCCACUGAAGUGCUUCUGGAGAACUAUCCGAGCACUGGUUCACUAUUGCCGGGAUCGACGCCCAAGACCAUCGAACUUUGGGCCGAUUUUGAACACCUGGAUAGUUUGGAGUGGGAGAAGCUGAACAUCCGGGCGAUGCAAGGCGUGACCGGAAGUCCCUUGGGGCCGACCUACGCACUCAUUGGAAAAAUGGAAUACGAUGUCUCGAGCGAGGCUAGUUAUACCCAGGCUUUUCCGCUGGAUGUGAACCAGGGUUCAUUGGCGUACCCUGCACAAAAUUUCGUGGUGAGGGUGACUGAAAACUAUGGCGCGGAAUUCGCCUGCUUGUACAGGGUUCGGCUGCAUGGCGUUCCGUUAUCUGGCACGAGAUCGUCCGCCGACUCGGCAAGCUAG